AACUAAAAUCUUACGUUUUCUUCUCUUGCAUUAUUGUCUGAACAAUUAUAAUUAAAGCUAUUUACUGUUUUUUCUUUAUCCUUUUUAUAGAUCUUGAUUGGUCCCAUCACCACCGGAGGUGAAAAAGAUCGCAUUUUUCGCAUCUGGGUUCUCUUUCUCUCUUUGUUAUUUUAAGUUUUUCUUUCUUUUUUUUUCCUUUUUUUUUUUCGUUUCUGCUCCGACUUUGCUAUUUUUGCUUUGUAUAAUUUAUCUGGUUAACACGGACUACACACGUACUGUUUGGACCGAGUGUACGUGUUUGGAUAUGCUUUAUUGAUAUAGUGGUUUAAGGUUUCUUACCGGAGAUUCGGAUUUGAUUCAAUUUCUCGGAGGGCUGCUUUCUGAGAUGAACCAACCAGACAUUGCCGUUGAAGAAGAGAGCAAUGACUUGCCACCGCCAACGGCAGUGGGUGAGGCUGAAGAAUCAACCCGUGCAGCUGGACAAGAUGGGCAAAAUGAGCAUGCCCAAAUAGAAGGGAAGAAAAGAACCUUGAAGUUUGUCCUGGCAAACUUUCCAACCUCUCUAAUACUAGCGUAUCAAAGCUUUGGGGUGGUAUAUGGAGAUCUGAGCACUUCGCCACUUUAUGUUUACAGAAGUAUAUUUCUUGGGAAGUUGCAGAAUCAUCAGAAUCCUGAAACAAUAUUUGGGUCAUUUUCAUUGAUUUUUUGGACGUUAACACUGAUUCCGUUGCUCAAAUAUGUAAUUAUCCUUCUGAGUGCUGAUGAUAAUGGUGAAGGUGGGACAUUUGCUCUUUACUCUCUGCUUUGUAGACAUGGAAAGUUCAGUUUACUUCCUAAUCAACAAGCAGCUGAUGAGGAACUGUCAGCCUAUAAAUAUGGUCCCCCAGGACAGUCUUCAUCAUCUGUGUCACUAAAGAGAUUUCUUGAGAAGCAUAAAAAGUUACGGACUGCUUUGUUGCUUGUGGUAUUACUGGGGGCUGGCAUGGUCAUAGGUGAUGGUGUAGUUACUCCUGCCAUGUCAGUACUGUCAUCAGUAUCUGGGCUCAAAGCUGCUCACAAAGGGUUACCCCAAGGUGGAGUGCGAUCACUUUCUUGCAUCAUAUUGGUUGGCCUAUUUGCUUUGCAGCACUGUGGUACCCAUAAGGUUGGCUUCCUGUUUGCCCCAGUAGUUAUCCUCUGGUUGCUAUCAAUUUUCUCCAUUGGACUGUAUAAUACGAUACAUUGGAACCCAAAAGUUCUGCUAGCUCUUUCUCCACAUUAUAUCAUCAAAUUCUUCGGUCAAACUGGUAGAGAUGGAUGGAUUGCCCUUGGAGGAGUCCUUCUGGCCAUAACAGGCACUGAAGCAAUGUUUGCUGAUCUUGGCCAUUUCUCUGCAUGCUCAAUAAGGAUUGCAUUUCUAUUCCUUGUAUACCCUUGCUUGGUAGUGCAAUACAUGGGCCAAGCUGCUUUUCUGUCAAAAAAUAUUCAGGAAAUUCCAAAUAGCUUCUAUGGUUCAAUUCCGGAUAGUGUUUUCUGGCCAGUCUUUGUUAUCGCUACUCUUGCCUCUAUUGUUGGUAGUCAGGCUAUAAUUUCAGCCACAUUCUCUAUCAUUAAGCAAUGUCACGCACUUGGUUGCUUCCCGCGAGUGAAGGUUGUUCACACCUCAAAACAAAUUCAUGGACAGAUUUAUAUACCAGAAAUUAACUGGAUUCUCAUGAUUCUUACUCUAGCUGUGGCUCUUGGCUUCGAAGACACAGCUGCAAUAGGGAAUGCAUAUGGUCUAGCUGUCAUGUCGGUUAUGUUCAUUACGACUUUUCUCAUGGCACUUGUCAUGGUCAUCGUCUGGCAAAGAAGUAUAAUACUUGCUGCUGGUUUCCUCCUCUUCUUUUGGUUCAUUGAAGCUUCUUACCUAGUGGCUGCAUUUAUAAAAGUUCCUCAAGGAGGAUGGGUCUCUCUUGUUCUCUCUUUCAUCUUUAUGUUUGUCAUGUUCGUCUGGCACUAUGGAACUCGCAGGAAAUACAACUUUGAUUUACAUAACAAGGUGCCUCUGAAAUGGAUCCUUGGCCUUGGCCCCAGCCUUGGUAUCGUCCGUGUGCCCGGGAUAGGCCUCAUAUACUCAGAGCUGGCGACAGGCGUGCCUGCUAUCUUCUCACAUUUCGUAACAAAUCUUCCUGCUUUUCAUAAAGUUUUGGUAUUUGUUUGUGUAAAAUCUGUUCCGGUGCCAUAUGUCUCACCCGAGGAACGGUUCCUUAUUGGCCGCAUCUGCCCUAGACCAUAUCGCAUGUAUCGAUGCAUUGUGAGAUACGGUUACAAGGAUUUACAAGGCGAUGAUGGGAAUUUUGAGAACCAGCUGAUUCAAAGCAUAGCCGAGUUUAUUCAAAUGGAAGCAGUAGAGCCUCAGUUCUCAAGCCCCGAUUCUGUAUCUUAUGAUGGGAGGAUGGCAGUCAUAAGCUCCAGAUCUUUUCAAUCGGGCUCAAGUCUGGUUGUAUCUGAGACAGAGGAAUUUGGUCUUAGCAAUUCCAUCCAAAGCAGCAAAUCUUUAACUCUGCAAAGUUUAAGGUCGGCUUAUGAUGAUGAGAAUCCCCAGAUCAGGAGACGUCAUGUAAGGUUUCAGAUACCUCAAAGUCCUGGGAUGGAUCCGUCUGUAAGGGACGAACUUUUAGAAUUGAUUCAGGCAAAAGAAGCCGGUGUUGCAUACAUCAUGGGGCACUCUUACAUAAAGGCUAGACGGUCGUCAUCGUUCUUGAAGAAACUAGUCAUCGAUUUUGGUUACUCAUUUCUGCGGAAGAAUUGCAGGGGCCCUGCCGUGGCACUUCACAUUCCUCACAUUAGCCUUAUCGAAGUAGGCAUGAUAUAUCAUGUCUGAAAACUAGUGAGGCGAUGUCUGGCCAAGUCUCCAAAUAAGAGGGGUUACUGCAGUUUGACCUUAGUUAGCCUUGUAAUUAGAAGAGUCACGGUCUCAUGUUAAAACCUUUUGUGUGUACGUAUAGGAGGAGACUCCUAGCCCGACUCAUGCUCUGUGGUACUGGCUUUUCAUAUUACUAGGAUGAUGAAUCUGAAAUAGAGAUAAGGUCGAUGAAAUAUAUGACUGUAUUUUUGCAUGCUCUUCAAUAUGUUUGUAUUUUGCUAGAUUGUUCAGAUA